CUUCUUCCGUUUAUUAUUUAUUUUCCCCAAAACCUUGUACUUGUUCGUGUUCUGUGAUGUGUGGAGUGGUUUCGUAACAUAACCAUAACCUAGGUUUGUGUUUAAAACCAAAUCCAAAUGUUGCAGUUCAGUUAACUAGGGUUCGCUUCAACAUUCCAUUCUCCUGAUUCAGAUUCUCGUUUCAUAUUCCCCUGUUUUCUGCGAACUUGUUCACAAACAAACAAACAAUCCCUUGUUUCUUUGUCUUCGAACUUUCCACAUGGCGCCGCGUGGAAGGCCGAAGCGGCAACCAACACAUGUUCCGGCUGAGAAUGUUGGUGGGGUAGCAGAUUCUUCUGUUCCAGAGGAAGAGAUGAAGGAAAAAAUUGAUGGGUCGGUGGUGGUUGACAAGGAGGAACAACCCGUUUCAAAUCAUGACUUGGGUGUUCAUGGGGGUGCUGGUGCUAAGAAAGUGAAGUUUGCAGAGGGUGUUGAGUUUUUGAAUGGGGAAGGUUCUGGUAAAGAUGGUGGUGUUGAAGAAGCAGGUCCUUCUUCUGCUCCUGUUGAAGUUGGUGAGAAAAAGAGGCGUGGCAGAAAGCCUAAAGUGAAACAACCCAUUUCAAAUCAAGACUUGGGUGUUGAUGGUGGUGCUAAAGAAGUGAGCUCUGUAGAGGGAGUUGAGUUUUUGAACGGUGAAGGUUCAGGUAAAGAUGGUGGUGGUGGAGAAGGAGGUCCUUCUUCUGUUUCUGUUAAGGUUGUUGUGGGAAAGAAGCGUGGCAGAAAGCCUAAAGGGAAAAGGGUGGCCAGGAAGAAGGUGGAUGGGGGUGUUAUGGAGCAGAGGGGGAGUAACAAGAAGGAACAACCCAUUUCAAAUCAAGACUUGGGUGUUGAUGGAGGUGCUAAGAAAGUCAGCUUUGUAGAGGGUGUUGAGUUUUUGAACGGUGAAGGUUCGGGUAAAGAUGAUGGUGGUGUGGGAGAAGGAGGUCCUUUUUCUGCUUCUGUUCAAGAUGGUGAGAAAAAGAGGCGUGGCAGAAAGCCUAAAGUGGAAAGGGAGGCCUUGAAGGUGGAUGGGGGUGUUAUGGAGCAGAGGGGGAGUAACAAGGAGGAACAACCCAUUUCAAAUCAAGACUUGGGUGUUGAUGGAGGUGCUAAGAAAGUGAGCUUUGUAGAGGGUGUUGAGUUUUUGAACGGUGAAGGUUCGGGUAAAGAUGAUGGUGGUGUGGGAGAAGGAGGUCCUUCUUCUGAUUCUGUUCAAGAUGGUGAGAAAAAGAGGCGUGGCAGAAAGCCUAAAGUGGAAAGGGAGGCCAUGGAGAAGGUGGAUGGGGGUGUUACAGUCCUUAUGGAGCAGAGGCGUAGUAGCAGACAAAAGAGGAAGAUCUUUGUGAUGGAUUAUAUCGACGAGGAAGAAGAUGUUGAGGGCAGAAAAAUGAAGAAACGAGGUCGGAAGAAAGAAGCGAAGGCCAUUUACGAAGUUGGGUCUAGUUCUAAGGUAAGUGGAGGAAAUAAGAGAGGUCCUAAGCCGCGCAAAGCUGCAGUUAGUGAGGGAAAGGUUGAAUCUAAUGGGAGUGAAGUCAACAAACAGGAGUUGCCAAAAAUCAACAAGUUUGAUCCUAAGUGGAUUGAAGAGGAGUCCUUAAUGUGCCAUCAAUGUCAAAGAAAUGAUAAAGGCCGGGUUGUGAGGUGCAAGAAUUGUAAACGGAAAAGAUUUUGCAUUCCCUGUUUGAAGCAAUGGUACCCUAACUGGAACGAGGAUGAUAUUGCUAAGGCAUGUCCUGUGUGCCAAGGUAAUUGCAACUGCAAAGCUUGCAUGCGUUCUGGUAAUCUUCUUGAAAAAGUGAAGGAUGAAGGAGCAACCAAUGAAGGCAAUAAGGUGGAGCUCAAUAAGUAUCUGCUGAAGCAUCUUCUUCCGUAUUUAAGACAGUUGGAUGAAGAACAAAAGAUGGAGAAGGAGAUAGAAGCUAAUAGACAAGGGCUCUCACUCUCAGAGCUGAAAAUAGAAGAUGCAGAUAUCGCUAAUGAGCGCGUGUACUGUGACAACUGCAAAACAUCAAUAUUUGAUUACCACAGAAGCUGUACAAAAUGCUCGUUUGACCUUUGUCUUAUCUGCUGCCGUGAGCUACGCAGUGGGCAACUUCUUGGUGGUGCAGAUCCAGUUCAGCUGGAGUUUGUCUUCCGUGGUCGUGGUUAUUUGCAUGGUAAAAAAGAGGAUAAAGAGGUAACUCAAAAUAUAUCACUUACAGACGCGGUUCAAUGGUCAAGAUCUGAGUGGCAUGCUCACAGUGAUGGUAGCAUUCCCUGUCCAAAAGCCAAUCAUGAGAGUAACCAUGGUUUUCUUGAGCUGAGAAGCAUAUGUUCUCGUCCUGGCUUAUCAAAAAAAAAGAAAUGUUCUCAUCCUUAUUCCAUCUCUGAGUUAGUAUGUAAAGCUGAAGAACUUGCAAAAGCAUAUAAGGUUCAAGAUGAUGGGGAUACUCUUGAUAACUGCUGUUCUUGCUUGAAGCUUGAUAGAAACACAGAUGGUGAAUCUAUUUAUAUGAGGAAGGCAGCUUCUCGUGAAGAUUCCAGUGACAACUGUUUAUACUGUCCUAGCGCUGUUGACCUACAGCAUGAGGACUUUAGACAUUUUCAAUUGCAUUGGAGCAAAGGCGAGCCUGUAAUUGUUAGCAAUGUUCUUGAACAUGCAUCUGGUUUAAGCUGGGAGCCUCUUGUCAUGUGGCGUGCAUUCCGUCAGAUGUUUAAGACCAAGCACGAUAGACAUUUGGAUGUGAAGGCAAUUGAUUGUUUAGAUUGGUGUGAGGGAGAGAUUAAUAUCCACCAGUUCUUUACUGGGUAUACAAAUGGUCGUGAUGAUUGGCUCGAUUGGCCUCAGAUAUUGAAAUUAAAAGAUUGGCCACCUUCUAAUUUAUUUGAGGAACGUUUACCUCGUCACUGUGCUGAAUUCAUAUCUUCCUUACCCUUUAAAGAAUAUACGAAUCCAUACAAAGGUGCUCUUAACCUGGCUGUGAAGUUGCCCAAGGGUUGUAUAAAGCCAGACAUGGGUCCAAAGACAUAUAUUGCCUAUGGAUUUGCUCAGGAGCUUGGGCGUGGUGAUUCUGUGACUAAGCUUCAUUGUGAUAUGUCUGAUGCUGUAAAUGUGUUGACGCAUGUUGCUGAAGUUCAAUUGAAACCUAAUAACAUCACUGCUAUUGCUAAGCUGAUGCGAAGCCACCUCGAGCAAGACAAAAAGGAGCUACUUACAGAUAGUCAGGAUGGAGAAACUAAUGUUGACACGCCUGAUAAUUCAUCCUCUACCAUAAAUCCCCCAUACGAGCAAAAUAAUGUCGUAGUCUUGGAAAAUAAAGGUGAACUAUUUGAUGGGAAAGUGACAAUGAAAGACGAAAAUGGUAUAAUGGUUGCUGGGGAUGCUUUAGGAGGCGCUCUUUGGGAUAUUUUUAGGAGACAGGAUGUACCUAAGUUGCAGGAGUACUUAAAAAAGCAUUUCAGAGAGUUCAGGCAUGUCCACUGCAGUCCUUUAACGAAGGUUGUUCAUCCCAUCCAUGAUCAGACCUUUUAUUUGACUAUGGAGCAUAAGAGGAAGCUUAAGGAGGAGUAUGGAAUUGAGCCGUGGACUUUUGUACAGAAGCUAGGCGAUGCUGUUUUUAUUCCAGCUGGUUGUCCUCACCAAGUUAGAAACCUGAAGUCAUGCAUUAAGGUUGCUCUUGAUUUUGUGUCGCCUGAAAAUGUUGGUGAGUGCUUCCGUUUAGCAGAAGAGUUUCGCACGCUUCCCAUAAAUCACAGGUCGACUGAGGAUAAAUUGGAGGUGAAGAAAAUGACUUUGCAUGCUAUGAUUGAUGUGGUCCAAAACUUGGAGAAAGCAAGGUCCAGGGAGACCAAGGUUCCAUCUUAAUUGUAUCUGUAACAGUAUGAUUCCAAAAGGUCGUGCAAAAUUUAGAGUUGCUUAUUUACGUUUGGUGAUCUUGGGUUUUAUGUAUUGUGUGGCGGUAAGGAAGAUUCAUGUUUUGUUAUCUGGCACAGUACUUUUGAGACAUCAUAUGUAACAUAUAUGUAUCACCCCUUGUAUACCAUUGUAGUUUUGGUACUUCUGAAUGCAUAGAUGAUGAAAUUCUAUGUUUCAAUGUGUUUGCAAAAUAUGGCAUUGCAGCCAUUGCUGAUUUGUGUCAUGUUUUUUUGUUGACAUUUUCCACCAAGUAAGAGAAUGAUAUUAUAAUACUGUGCCA